UCCGCAGAAAAAGGCGCGCGGCUGUUUCGGGCUGUGAUGGUUUUUCUCUCCGUGACGUCGGAGGCUGCGUGGAUCCGCGUGGGGAUGAGAUCCAGGAUCGGGGCUGGUUUCCAGCUCUGUCGGUGUGGAAGCGAUCAGGAACCUCCAUCAUCAUCAUCAUCAUCAUCAUCAUCAUCAUGUUGCAGGAGCAUGAAGGAGCUUCCAGCCUGAUCCGCUGCUCCUCGGAACCAAACUCCGCUCCGGUUCCGGUCACGUGUUGAGCUCCUCAGAAAGCUUCCUCAGCCUGGCCCGGUUCGGUUCGGUUCGGUUCGGCUCGGUUCGGCUCACCUUGAAGCAUGCUGCUCCUCCGCUGUUCUCUCAUCCUCCCUCUGCUCCUCUGGCUCCGGCCGUCCGCAGGGAAGAAGAAGCUCUACAUCGGAGCGCUGUUCCCCAUGAGCGGCGGCUGGCCGGGCGGCCAGGCCUGCAUGCCGUCCGCCCAGAUGGCCCUGGACCUGGUGAACGGGCGCAGCGACAUCCUGCCGGACUACGAGCUGGAGCUCAUCCACUUCGACAGCAUGUGUGACCCUGGAGAAGCCACCAAGCUGCUGUAUGACCUUCUCUACACUGAGCCAAUCAAGAUCGUCCUCAUGCCCGGCUGCAGCGGCGUCUCCACCAUCGUGGCUGAAGCUGCUCGGAUGUGGAACCUGAUAGUGGUGUCUCCUCCCCGCCCCUCUGCUGGCUGCAGAUUCUCUCCCGCAGUCAAAGGGACGCGUCUGUCUUCAUCCGCCGCCACCGCCGCCCUGCCGCGACCCGCUGUCACAGCUGGUCGCUCCUCUGAUCAUGAAUGUUCCUCUGAUCCAUCCUCUGCUGCUGAGGUCUGUGCUGAUGGUCUUCAUCUCACAGGUGAACUCCCACUGCUGGACCUAAAGCUGGAGGCGGGGCUUCAGUGGAGGAGGAGGAGCUUAACUUCUGCAUUUAAAGCUCCAUCUCUAUCCUUGGCUGAUCUCAUGGAGCAGGAGGAGCAUGAGGAGCAGCAGGAGCUCCAUCAUCUUACUCUGGAUGAUCUGGAGCAGAGGGUGAAGGAGGCGGGCAUAGAGAUCAGCGUUCGUCAGAGCUUCCUCACCGACCCGGCUGUCGCUGUCAAGAACCUGAAGCGCCAGGAUGCCAGGAUCAUUGUGGGGCUCUUUUAUGAAACAGAAGCCAGGAAGGUGUUCUGUGAGGUGUUCAAAGAGAAGCUCUACGGGAAGAAAUAUGUCUGGUUCCUGAUUGGCUGGUACGCCGACAACUGGUUCAAGAUCAAAGACCCUGCCAUCAACUGCACGGUGGAGAACAUGACGGAGGCCGUGGAGGGACACGUGACCACCGAGAUCGUUAUGUUGAAUCCUGAGACUGUUCGCGGCGUCUCCAACAUGACUUCGCAGGAGUUUCUGGGUGCCUUGAUGUCGCGGCUCGGGGGGAAGAACCCAGAGGAGACGGGUGGGUUCCAGGAGGCCCCUCUGGCCUUCGACGCAGUGUGGGCCCUGGCGCUGGCCCUUAACAAGACUGUGGCCCCCCUGAAGGCCAGGGGCCGGCGGCUGGAGGACUUCAACUACAACAACCAUGACAUCACCUCAGAGAUCUACAGAGCGCUGAACACCAGCUCCUUCGAGGGGGUGUCGGGUCACGUGGUGUUUGACGCCCAGGGUUCCAGGAUGGCAAUGACCCUCAUUGAACAACUGCAAGGAGGCAGUUAUAAGAAGAUUGGUUACUAUGACAGCUCCCAGAGGAACCUCUCCUGGUUCAACAACGACGUUUGGAUCGGUGAUAAACCCCCGGCGGACCGGACCGUGGUUCGGGAGGAAUACAGGCUCCUGUCCCAGAAGCUCUUUGCAGCCGUGUCGGUCUUCGCUGGGCUCGGCAUCCUGCUCGGUAUCGUUUGUCUGACCUUCAACAUCUACAACGGCAAUGUGCGCUACAUCCAGAACUCCCAGCCGUACCUGAACAACAUGACCGCCGUGGGCUGCAUGAUGGCGCUGGCUGCUGUCUUCCCUCUGGGCAUCGACCGCCACCACGUCAGGAGGCCCCAGUUCCCUGUCGUCUGCCAGUUCCGCCUGUGGCUCUUGGGUCUCGGCUUCAGCCUGGCUUAUGGCAGCAUGUUUACCAAGAUCUGGUGGGUCCACACCCUCUUCACCAAGAAGGACGAGAAGAAGGAGAAGAAGAAGCCGCCCCUGGAGCCGUGGAAACUCUACUCCACAGUGGGAGUGCUCCUGGCCAUCGACUUCCUGUCGCUCAUGAUCUGGCAGAUCGUGGAUCCUCUGCACAUCACCGUGGAGGUAGAGUACGACACACUGAUGACAUCACCGCCGCCGCCGCCUCAGAGGCUGCAGGCUGAUGAUCUACUGAAUCCACUUCCUGCUCUGAACGCUGCUCCUCUCCCUGCAGGCGUGGUUUACGGCUAUAAGGGUCUGCUGCUGCUGCUGGGCAUUUUCCUGGCCUAUGAGACCAAGUCUGUCUCCACAGAGAAGAUCAACGACCAUCGAGCCGUGGGGAUGGCCAUUUACAACGUGGCUAAAGAGGAGCGGGUGUCUGCCCUUCGCAACCAGCUGGCCGAGCGACAAGCUAUACGUAACCGCCGCCAGCCCACCUCAGGCCAGAACCAGAACCACAACACUCCUCCUCCAGCGUCUCACACCGAUCCCAAGUCUCUGCUGCCCCCUCCGGGGUACUCUCACCCCACCUCAGACAAUCACUCGCUGCCGCCAUCCUUCUCUAACUCCUCCAGUCUCUACCCAGCUGACAGCAAGAUGAGCCGCAACCACUGUCACAACAGCCAGAUCCCGCUGCUCCAAUCAGAAAUGAGGGAAGAGAGCGGCGCCAUGUGGGCCCUGGAACCCGGAGCUUCAGUCGGUCAGAACCACCUUAUGUAG